GGCAACUUGUUAUUAGCAAAAGAUGAAGGCAGCAGCAGUCGGUGCUCGGCCGACAGAAAUACAGGUUUAGCAAAAAACACUUGCCGAGUUUCUGUUCGGGGUCAGGGGCCUGUGCAACGGCGCGCUUUCUCGUCUGCCAAAUACAUGAAACCCCGCUGGAUAACACCUUCGCGGUGCUCUUAGAUGCAUAGUCCGUUAUGCCUCCCCCAUCCGGUCCCCUCGGCGUCCCAUGGCCUUCUUCCCGGAUAAAGCGGCGUCCCCUCGCAAUGCGUCCGAUGACGACUUGCUGCUCCGUCAGAUGACGUCCCUGGGAUGUCCCCCGGAGGACCUUGGUUACCACACCCUGCCGCCCGAUGACGACGCUCAGCUUCUUCAGGCCACUUGGGGCAGUGGCUGCAACAAGACGGAACCCGCUCCUCCCUGCACGGAGGCUACCGAGAAGCUGGUCGCCACAUUCAAGGGCAAGAAGCUUCCCAAGCGACCCUGCCCUUUCGACAAGCUUCCAGACAACCUGAUCGUGAAAAUCUUCUCCUACCUCUCCAGUAACGAAUUGUGCGUAAGCGCUAGGGUUUGCCGCCGGUGGUACUUCCUGGUGUGGGAACCCCAACUCUGGACCUCGGUCACUUUAAGUGGUGAGCGAAUUCAAGUGGACAGAGGACUCAAGACUCUUUUCAGACUCUUAUGCAGAGAUUCACCGACUCUCUGCUUAACUGUCGAGCGCAUCAACCUGAGCGGAUGUUCCAAGCUCACAGACAAAGGACUGGCCACAAUUGCACUAAAAUGUCCAGAGCUCAAAGUUCUGGAACUGAGAGGUUGUUCAUGGAUAUCGAGUAGAGGAGUUACAGACAUUGUAACAAGAUGCCACAGCUUAGAGAAAUUAGAUCUCACAGGUUGUAGUGCUGUCACUUCAGUUCACUCUCGCCCACCAUCCCUAGACUCCAGUACCAUAACCCCAAAUCCCUUUCGCCUGCGCUACCUAGAUCUCACCGACUGCCAACGACUUGAUGAUGCCGGACUCGAAAGAAUUGUCCGGCACUUCUCACAGCUGACCCACCUUUAUCUCCGGCGAUGCAUACUCAUCACUGAUGAGGGACUGAAAGCAAUCGCCAGCUACUGCGUCCUCCUACGAGAACUCAGCGUCAGCGACUGUGUUUUGCUAACAGACUUUGGACUUUACGAGUUGGCAAAACUAGGCGCUAAUAUGCGAUACCUCAGCGUCGCCAAAUGCGACAGAAUAUCAGACGCUGGCGUCAAGCAGAUCGCCAGGCACUGUUAUAAACUGAGAUAUCUAAAUGUGAGAGGUUGCGAAGCAGUUUCUGAUGAUGCAUUGGAGGUGGUAGCGAGGAGUUGUUCCAAACUGAGGGCUCUGGACAUCGGAAAGUGUGACAUAACGGACAGAGGUCUCAGGGUUAUAUCCCACCAUUGCCCAAACUUAAGAAAGCUGAGUGUGAAGUCAUGCGAAAUGAUAACAGAUGAAGGCAUUCAAAUAAUUGCUUACUAUUGUCGUGGUUUGCAACAAUUGAACUUACAAGAUUGUCCAAUCAGCCUUAAUGGGUACAGAACGGUGAAGAAAUUCUGCAAGCGGUGCAUUAUAGAGCAUACCAAUCCUGGAUUCAAUUGAACAAAUCAGUGAAAAUACUGCUUUAUUUAUUCGCAUUUAUUACAGGCAGUGAUUACUGAAGUUAGAAUAUUUAUCCAAAUUUUACUAGUAUAAAAAGAGUAGAUACGAAAUUAAGGUGCUAAAUAUUCUCUUUAAUGACUCCAGACAAGUGAAUUUGGAAAAAAGCUCACAGAUUCAUAAGAUUUUCAAUGCAGCAUUAAAAUUGCAAUAUCAAAACUGAUAUCUUAAUGAUGACACAAUUAAAAUCAAGAAAUGAAUCGAAUAGAUAAUGAAUGGAUUAGUUUUCUUUCUUAAAUUAUUGCACAAUGCGAUGUAAUUUGAUAUUAAAUGCAUCAAGAUGUAUCACCCAUCCCUCUUUCUUGCAAAAAGCAAAAAAGUAGGUUAAAAUUUAUCUGCAUAUUGAUUUAAAUUAACAUGCAAAUCAGGGACAAAUCAAGGAAUCCUUAUUUUAGUAUAAAAUGUUAUUUUCAAAUAUGUCAAUAAAACUGUAAGAAUAUUAUACAAUUUUUAUCAAAUCCAUGAUGGCAAACUAUAAAAAAAAUGUAGAAGAAAUCAGAAAAAGAUUAUUUAUAGGAUUAAUAUCACAGGAAGAUCUAGAAUGCUCUAGUGCAAUGGUUAUUUAUUAGACAAUUAUAUUUAGAAUUAUUCCUCUUGGACUACCAAGAUUUCCCAAUUUUUGUUUUCAUUGUAAAUAAUGACAACUGUACAGAAGACUGAACCUAGAAAGCCAUUCUGUGAAAAGCUUCGAGAGGUUCACUUCCAAUGUUUGUAAUGAUUUAAAGCAAGGGUUUAGUGUAUGUAUGCAUUAUUUAAUUUUAAUAUGAAUUGUGUUUUGAAUAAAAUAAUAAAAAAAACUCCAGAGGUGUCCUCUCACUUCCUGGGUUU